GAUGCUCUUAUGAGUUACUCACAAAUGAUAUGUUGGUUGAUGGGAAUAAUAUCGAAGCCUUGGCUGAAAAAUACGGGGCUCAGACAAGUGGUCAGGGUGAGACAGUUCGUCCUCAAUCAAUGCAUAUGUUUUACAUGAGUGUAUGCAACCCUAAGGCUUCGGUUGUUACAUCAAGAGUUUUUAGAUCGCGUAUUGCUAUUGUUCAAAUUAUUGAAGAAGACAUCCUCCGACCGGCCUACGGAAGUGCUAUAAUGAGCGUCGCUUGCUAUGCUAGAGCUCAAGGCUAUGAACAUUUCAUUCUGGUGGACAAGAUGUUCUUCGCUAAAUGCCUGCAUAAAAAUAAAUUCUUUCUCCAUCACUGUAUCGUUGCAUAUGUACUGAGGAACUACGACUAUGUUUUGUAUUUAGACGUCAAUAUUGGAGUUGUCAAUCCGAAAAGGAGAAUCGAAGACUAUAUUGAUGAAGAUUUAGACUUGAUAUUCUUUGAGCGUAUGGCAAACUGGGGACUAACCACUGAAACGUAUCUUGCGAGAAAUUCACAGAGAGCACAAAAUUUGUUGAAUG